AAAUAAUAAUACAUUUUUUUUUAUUUUAAUUUAAUUUUUAAGACAAGAAGACAAUCAAUCUCUGACACAAAUAUAUAAAAAGAAAAACACCCUUCACCUUCACUGUCAAAAGCUGCAAAAUUUCCGACAUCUUCUUCCUUAUCUCCGCCGUGAUGUCCACCGCCGACCGCCGUAGCAGACCGCACAAACUUUCAGAAUAACACGUCAAUCUGUCAGAGGCUGACUGGGCCGAAGAGUACCCUCAGGGUGAGACACUCCCACAGAAUAUUCAGACACAUCACCUCUCCUCCACCGGUACUUCCGGUUGCCUCUCUCUGUCUAUAUAUUAUUUUGAUUUUUCUUUUCUCUUGCUCUUUUUCCCCCCUCAAAUUAUUUCCUCUUUUACAAGGAAAUUAAAUUUUGCUUAAUUGCUUUCCAUUUUAGAUUCCAAUAUUUGCCAUAAAGGAAAAAAGAUAAAAAAAAAAUCAAAUCCAAGGUGGAUUUGAUAGUGUCCUCUUUCUAUUUUGUUAAGUAAAGUAUUUUUCUUAUUAGUAUAUACUUAAAAAAAAAUUGUUGUAUUGUAGGAGUCAUAUAAGUUAAUAUGACUAUAUUUUCUGACUAAUAAAUUUACUUGUACGUUAUUAAUGAAUAAAUUAGGGUAGGGAUUAACAAGUGUGAAAGGACAAAUUAUAGGAAUAAUCAUGAAAUAUUUUAAUCUACAUAUAAAAGAAAAGGAGAGAGAGAAUUGGUUUUAUUAAAAGUAGAUUAAAAUAAUAAUUGAUUAAUUAAUUUAGGUUUAAAGAUAAAGAAAAAUAAUAUUAAAAAUUGAUUUGGGAGUGUUUUCCUUUCCCGCAUAUUUGUCUGUUUCUUUACUUUCCCGUUAACCGUCCGCUUUUGUGAAUUACAAUUUCCUCUUUUCUUUAAUUUCUUCUUCUUCUUCUUCUUCUUCUUCUUCAUUCGUUCUCUCUCAAAUUAAAGCGAUUAUGAUGGAGUGGGAAAAGCCUGAGCAGCAAAAUCCUUACCACCACCACCACAACCCUCCUCUUUGUGACGAUCAUCUCCAUCACCUCACUGGAACAACGGCCGCCGGGGCUCUCUACGUCAAAGUCAUGACCGACGACCAAUUGGAGACUCUUCGCAAACAAAUUGCUGUUUACGCCACCAUUUGCGAGCAGCUUGUUGAGAUGCACAAGACCCUUACUGCUCACCAGGAUCUCACAGGAAUGAGGUUGGGUAAUAUGUACUGUGAACCAUUGAUGACAUCUUCCAGCCACAAAAUCACUUCUAGACAGAGGUGGACUCCGACACCUGUGCAGCUUCAGAUCUUAGAGCGUAUAUUCGACCAAGGGAAUGGGACUCCCAGCAAGCAAAAGAUCAAAGAGAUAACCGCUGAACUGGGGCAGCAUGGCCAAAUUUCUGAAUCUAAUGUCUAUAACUGGUUCCAAAACAGGCGUGCUCGAUCGAAGAGAAAGCAGCAAAGUGCCCCACCUGCCUAUGGCGAAUCAGAAGUGGAGACAGAAGUUGAAUCACCAAAAGAUAAGAAGACGAAACCUGUGGAUUUUCAAACUAAUCAAUCCUCUGCACCUUUAGGGGACGACAUGUGCUUUCAGAGUCCGGAGAUGAGUUCUGAACUGCAUUUCCUGGAUCCAAACACCAACAAAGCUGAUACUUUGUUUCCUUCAAAUGGAAGUUUAAAAACGGCAAGAAGCUUCGGCCAGAUGUCUUUUUAUGAGGCUGGGAAUGAGCAGCUGACAGGAAAGAUUGAAACGCCAGAGAACUAUAGUAUCUACCAGCAAGCAGAAGGCUACAACAUGACGGGACGACCAUGAAUUCUUACACAAUUAACACGAGGUGUAGUUGUGAUAUUACGAAUGUGCUGGACUUCUGGCUCUCGUGUGAAUGCACUUAGUCUAACAUUGAAGGAGACGGUGAUGACGAUGACGAAUGAUGCUGACUUGUGUGCUCGUAUCUUGUCGUGGAUUGUCGGAGUAUACAGUUUUGAGUGAUGUAUUUUGGUUGGAUUGUGUUUGGAAGCAUUGGGAGUUUUGAUUGGUUGAUUUGAUUGAGCAAUUCAGAGUCUUGUGAGUUAGUUAAACGUGACCCCUUAAGAGGAGAGAAUGUAUGGUAUCCAUUUGUAAGUGUUUGUAUUAAAAAGAUGAUUGCUUAAAUGAUCCUAAUUGAUAGUAGAA